ACACGCGUGUUGGGCUUCCGGAGUCGUUGGGCCGACUGGGUCGGUCUUUGGCUUUGCAGUGUCCUUGGGUGACGCCGGCUGGGUUGGUGUUGGUCCUUGCUUCUUUGCGUACGACUGUAUGGGGGUUAUCCGAGUAGGAGUAUUGUUACGUGGGAGAGGAGCUAGCUUCUAGCUGCGUGAUCCUUUUUCGUCUGGAAAAAGGACGCGGGCGAGGAAGACAUCGACACGGCCGUUGAAUGAGAGCACGGCCGGAGAGGGAGUUCAAUAAGGACUGAACCCAAAUCAAACCGUUUAACCUACCCGUAACCAUAUCCACAUCAGAUAUAACUUGGGGAAGGCGAAGGGGAACCCCCUGCUAUAUAAGUUCGGCCACCCACGCCCCAAACAAAUCAGAACCAACCUUCCUCAAGUCGUGUCUUCCCCCGAGCAAUCGAGUUGUGUUCCCGGCGAUCGAUCGAUCUAGCUGAGCAUCAUGGUUUCCGCCGAUGUGGCCCGCAACAUCGUCGGCAUCAUCGGCAAUGUCAUCUCCUUCGGCCUCUUCCUCUCCCCUGUGUAAGCCCUCUCCCCUGCUUCCAUAGUCUCGUCUCCCUCUUGUCUAAUCUGUAUACAUCGAAGGUGGUCGUGGCUUGUGGGUAGUAGCUAGCUAGGGCAUGAAUCUGAUACUUGUUUUCUGCUUGUACGUACGCAGGCCAACGUUCUGGCGGAUCUACAAGGCCAAGGACGUGGAGGAGUUCAAGCCGGACCCCUAUCUGGCGACGCUCAUGAACUGCCUGCUCUGGUUCUUUUACGGGCUCCCCAUCGUCCACCCCAACAGCACCCUCGUCCUCACCAUCAACGGCAUCGGCCUCGUCAUCGAGGGCGCCUACAUCAUCAUCUUCAUCAUCUACGCGGCCAAGAACACAAGGGUACCUACGUGCCACCCUCCUAAUGCCCCUCAUCCGGCCUACUGUCUCUUUUCGGCGUUAGUUUCUGUACAGAAGAUCCUCCUGCAUGCCCUAACCCAUGCCAUGUGCCUGUGCUGUGCGUGCAGUGGAAGAUGCUCGGCGUGCUGGCCAUCGAGGCAGCGUUCAUGGCUGCCGUGGUGGCCGGUGUGCUCGUCGGCGCCCACACCCAUGAGAAGCGCUCCAUGAUCGUAGGCAUCCUCUGCGUCAUCUUCGGCUCCAUCAUGUACGCCUCCCCGCUCACCAUCAUGGUACGUACACCACCCCAACUUAUGG